GAAAAGAAAGGGAGCCGAAAAAAGGUUACCAUCUUUGCACUGCAUGAGCCCCAAGCCCCCAAUCCAUUCAGGCAUUCACCUCCUCUCUCUCUCCUGUUAUAAUUGGUCCCUCUCUCUCUGCUUUGGUGCUACUACUACGGCCCUCCCCCCUGCUUUGACCUUGCUGGCUUCAUCAGCCUUUCCCCGCCGUUUCUUGGAUUUCUAGGAUCCAAGAAACAACCUUGCGAAGUUUGCAGAGGAGGAGCUCGUCGCCUUGGCUUUCGGUGAUCCGGUUGCGUCGUUUCUUGAUUCCUCGGAGUUGCUGUUGGAUUCGCGGAGGAGGAGAUGACCGUGGAGGAGGUGAAGCUGCAGGGGAGGGCGAACGGGCAUGGGGGUGGGGGCAAGGACCAGUUCCCCGUCGGCAUGCGCGUGCUCGCCGUCGACGACGACCCCACCUGCCUCAAGGUCCUCGAGAGCCUCUUGCUUCGCUGCCAGUAUCAUGUGACAACAACUGGGCAGGCGGCCACAGCCCUGAAGCUGCUGAGGGAGAAGAAGGACCAGUUUGACCUGGUGAUCAGUGAUGUCCACAUGCCGGACAUGGAUGGCUUCAAGCUCCUCGAGCUUGUGGGCCUCGAGAUGGACCUCCCAGUCAUUAUGUUGUCUGCGAACGGGGAGACACAAACAGUCAUGAAGGGUAUCACCCAUGGAGCAUGUGACUACCUGCUGAAGCCAGUGCGUAUUGAGCAGCUGAGGACGAUAUGGCAACAUGUGGUUAGGCGGAGGAGUUGUGAUGCCAAGAACCAUGGUAAUGACAAUGAUGAUGCCGGUAAGAAGGUGCAGUCAAUGAAUGCUGAAGGUGAGAAUGGUGGUGCUCAUCGCAACAAGAGAACUUCACGCAAGGGUAGAGAUGAUAAUGGAGAGGAUGAUGAUGAUUCGGAUGAGAACAGUAAUGAUAAUGGAGACUCGUUGACCCAGAAGAAGCCAAGAGUCGUAUGGUCUGUUGAACUGCACCGGAAGUUUGUGGCUGCUGUCAACCAGCUUGGCAUUGACAAGGCUGUUCCAAAGAAAAUAUUGGAUCUCAUGAAUGUUGAGAACAUCACCAGGGAGAAUGUUGCGAGUCAUCUGCAGAAGUAUCGGCUGUAUCUGAAAAGGCUCAGUGCUGACGCAAGCAGGCAAGCUAACCUAACCGCUGCAUUUGGAGGACGGAACCCCGCUUAUAUCAACAUGGGACAGGAAGCCUUCAAGCACUACAAUGCAUAUGGGAGAUACCGUCCAGUCCCAACUACAAACCAUUCUCAGUCAAACAACCUUCUUGCAAGGAUGAACUCCACUUCUGCAUUUGGGAUACAUGGUUUGCUACCUUCGCAGCCACUUCAGAUCGGGCACACCCAGAAUAAUCUGAGCACUUCCCUCGGCAAUGUAGGAGGGUUGAACAAUGGAAACCUGAUCAGGGGCACGCAAAUGUCGCUCCAGGAUAAUAGCAAAUGCUUCCCUACUGGUCCUUCUGGUAACUCUUUUGCAAACAUAUCAAAUGGCGCACCAUUGGCUUCGGCAAGUAACUUGCCAUUACAGUCUCUUGAAUCAAGCAACGAGCAACACCUUGGUCGGAUGCACUCAUCUUCUGCAGACCCAUUUAGCUCAUUUGUUGGCGACUCUCCCCAGUUUCCAGAUCUUGGAAGAUGCAACAACACCUGGCCAACUGCAGUUUCAUCCAGCGUUCAGGAACUUGGACAGAAGGACAGCAUGUCCCAAGCAACAUUGCGUGUGAAUGGACCCAAGAUCGAGCCUAUCUCAUGCUUUACAGCCCCAUCCAGUCAGAUUCCCUUGCUGGGAAAUGAAAUGCAGAGCCAUGUAGCAUCACUAGCCAGCAAUGGUCUUCCAAUGCCAUUCAAUCAGGAAGCAGUGCCAUUCACAUACGGAAGUAGCACAAACUCAAGAGAGAUGCUGAACAACCACCUUGGACCUAGUAAUUCAGGCAUCAACACUUCGUUGCCGAACCUUCGCAUAGAUAAUUCUGUUGUUCCAAGGCAGACACUGGAUCGUGGGAAUUCAGGUGGUGGUGUUCCCCCUCUCCAAGAUUGCAGGAUUGGUCAGCAAGCUGUUAGUAAUCAGCUAAACUAUAACAACGAAUUGGUGGGGACAAGUAGGCUGCAAAGGGGACUCAGUGGUGGUUUAGAUGACAUUGUUGUCGACAUGUUUAGGCCGGACCGUGUAGACGAUGGAGUCCCCUUCAUCGAUGGGGACUGGGAGCUAGUUUAGCAGGUCUCCAUUCCCUACGUAGAUCAUCCUUCGUGUGAGAUUUUCCGCAUUUGUGGGGGUCGGUGGUUGUUUAUAGUAGCAAGUCUUUUCGUCACAAAUGCCUUUUGCAUUUGUUUCUUUUAGUGUACCGAUCAGUGUUAUGUUGAAUAAUAACAACUAUGCGGUAUUUGGUACCUUAACUCGUAUGUCUAUGUUAAGUCAGUUUACUCGGGUAUAAACAUGAAA